AUGGAGAACAUCAAGCAGCCAGUAAAAGAGGUGCCCCCCUUGCCUCGGCACCCUGUCGCCGUUCCCGCUGCCUCCAUGUCCAGAAAACACACCACAGGCUCCAUGCAGCACCUACAAUUGGCUUCGUCAGUUGUGACGUCGUUCAAUCAUCUGAAGCCUCCGGAGAGAGAUCUCACCCUCAUGUCUCGUAUGAAAUCUCUCAAGUCUCUGAGGCACGCUGGCUUCACUGCCGUCUUCACUGGACAAUCGAGGCUUGACAGCGAGGAGGUUUCAGACGAGGUGCCUGUCCUCGAUGUGAUUCUGGCUGACAUCGACUCCCUGGUGCCCACUCAUGACGAAGCCGGUCGCCCCAUAGCAGAGUGGAAACGACAGGUGAUGGUGAAGCAGCUGCAGGUCAGGCUGCAGGGUGAGGAGGAUUCAUCUGUUCGACAGGAAAUGACUAAUGGCCAUACAACAGUGGAUAGCUGGAAGUUCUGCCAAGCCCACAAUGCAGUCUUGGGGCCUUUCGGUGAGCUCCUAACGCAGGACGACUUGGUUUACCUGCAGCAGCAGAUUGAGACUCUUUCCCUCCAGAAACACUGUCAGGCCUACGAGCUGGAGCUGGACAGGCUGACCAAGGAGCUGAGGGCCAUUUUACCUGAUCCUAUUGUCAACAUCUCCCUCAACAAAGACGUCUUGCAGCAGAUGAAUUCAGAGGGGGAAACGCACCUGACUUUGCCUGCCUUGUGCAGUCGUAUUUCAGAGAUCAUUAAGAGUAUGUCUUUGCUUGUGGCCAAUCUGACCCAAACCAGAGAUUCGAGGACCUCUAGUGGAUAUAGGAUACCUCACAUAGGUAUGGCUUCUGCUUUCAGCCAUCGUUUGGAGGCCAACAGCUACAGCAGAGAACGGAGAGAGAGGGUAGAGAGGGAGAUCCAGCAGUCUGGGGUGUCGGUCAGAAACCUCAGAUCCAACUUUGAAGGUCAGAUCGGUGGAAUUUUUCCCUUCGCUGGAGAUGUGAAAGGAGGCCAUGGCUUAAAGAGCCAGACUAUGGUUGGGGCUUCAGCAGUUAAUUGUGACAAAUCCAGCACAGGCCCCAGCUGUGAGGUGAGCUGCUGUGAAGCUGCUAAAACAUUUAUACCUGUUAUUGAAACAACCAGCUUGAGGAAAGAGCGCAUAGUGGUGCUGUUCCUGAGCCACUGGAAGAAGUCUGCCUACGCCAUUUCAUUAAGAGCUGCAAAGAGGGCACGUGAGGAAGAGACAGGGAGACGAAGUAGAAUCACCUCCAUGUUUCAGUUCUGCCAACAACGAAGUGCUGUGAACAAGAUACUCAACACCUGGAAGAAGAAGCUUGAACUAAAAGAGAUGCAAACGCCCUGUUUGUCCACAUCAAUGACGCCCCAGUCUAGACUGGUAACCUACUCCCCAGAGCAGUUCCUGCCUGAUGUGAAUGGUGUUGCUGUAAGCCAUGACUGCUUGACCCUCAACCUCUUCAUGCUGGGAUACUUCCGCAUCUUAGAGCAGGAACUGUCACCCGAGGAGAGGAAGAUGAGGCACCUCCUCUGCUUUGAGGUCUUUGACCGUGUUGGCAAUGUCUCCUGGGAGAGACUGCUGGAUUUCCACAAGGCCGUUCUCCAGGAAAUCCAGGCUGGGAGGCGACAGUGGAGCGACGGCUUCGAGGACAUCACAGUUUGUUUCUUUGGGGCCUCGAGACCCUGCUGCGGUCCACCAUCGCAAUCAUUAUCAUCGUCGUCUUUAUUGCCAGAUUCUAAACUCGUACCUAAAGUUGUAGUUCAAACUGCCUCUCCAGAUGAGAGCAGCAAUAACACAGACUUCUCUGGUCUCAACAAUGAAGACAUCUGUAAAUACAUUGACCGCAGCUUUGCUUUUUGGAAAGAGAAGGAGUCGGAGCUCUUUGACCUUGAACAAUAG